AUGUUGUUCGGCGACACACGUCACACCCCCGCCGCCACCAACCCACCCGUCCCCACCUCCAUCCCCCCUCAUUUUCCCGGCAUCGCCGACUCCCGCGCAGCCCUGGCCAACCUCUCCGCCGUCCGCUCCCGCCUGGACGCCGUCCGUAGGUUCCUAUCCGAUUCAGUCAACGCCCGCACCCCACUCGGUCAAUUCCAAAACGACGCUAUUUUGUCCGAGAUCUCCUCCGCCGUCCAGCACAUCAUCGUCAACGGCGCCGCCCUGUUGUCGCCCACCAGCUCGCCACGGCCGGAUCCGGCGCUGGUGGAUCCGAAACCCGAGAUCCAACCGGAGGCCGACGAAUCGGACGGCUACGAGAUCGUGGAGAUGGACGAGGUGGAGCUCCUGGCCGAGCACGUCCACCUGUGCGAGAUCUGCGGGAAGGGCUUCAAGCGCGACGCCAACCUUCGGAUGCACAUGCGGGCCCACGGCAACCGGUUCAAGACCCGAGAGGCCCUGUUCAAGCCCGAAUCGAGCGCCGCCGCGCCCACCGGCGGCCGGAAGACGCGGUUCUCGUGCCCGCACGCCGGCUGCAACCGGAACCGGCGGCACGAGAGGUUCCGGCCACUGAAGAGCCCGAUCUGCGUGAAGAACCACUUCCGGCGGAGCCACUGCCCGAAGAUGUACUCGUGCAAUCGGUGCAACAGGAAGAGCUUCUCGGUGAUGGCGGAUCUGAGGAGCCAUUGGAGGCAGUGUGGGGAGAAGAGAUGGAAGUGCACGUGCGGCACGAGCUUCUCGAGGAAGGAUAAGCUGUUCGGGCACAUGGCGUUGUUUGAGGAAGGAUAA